AUAUUUACGUGUAUAAGUAGGCUAAACAAACUCGUUGAGUGAAGGAAUCGUGGUGUUUAAACACGCGGAAAAGGAAAGGCGCGGGUGUGGGUGCUCGAUCGGGCGAGAGAAUCCGCGAAAACGGGAGAGAAAAUGCGGGGAAAAUCCCGACGUGGGAGCAGGCGCGUGUUGCAGAAACGAUGAAGCACAUUUGGACGUUCGCGGGAUCAGUCACAUUUCUACGGUGGAAGAGUACACACACUCGCUGCCGAGUGCUGUUGUAAGUGAGUGGUUGUAGGAUAUUUGGCGCUCCUAUACCUAUAGUCUGUGAUACUUAUUUAUUGAAAACCAGGGGCAUUUUGAGUGUUUAGGAGCGGCGUGGUGUUUCGGGGGGGAAAUUAUCGGAAAGACAACAGUAACGGCAGACAUUAAUAUUCCUCUCCAUCGGAAAAAAAGCUAGUGUGUGAAAACAAAUGAAAAAAAAAGACAGUAAAUAAUCUAAAAUAGAUAACAAAACAACAUACAUAACCCCCAGUACCACCAAUUACCCAUAACCGCAAUAGAGUCCCAAACAACAACAACAACAGAGAAAAUAUUUGUCCCUCCCCACAAAAUACCCUUUAAAAAAAAUGCGUCGGCCGAGAACAGUCUGUUCGUUCGCGAUAGUGUUCACCCUCGUCGUCAGCUGCAGCAACAUCGUGCAGGGGGAGAAUAGCCAUUGUUCCAUCACCGCCUUCACGUGCAAGACCGGAGAGUGCAUCCCCAAGUCGUGGCGCUGCGACGGGGCGCCCGACUGCCAGGACCACAGCGACGAGGACCCCGACCAGUGCCCAGAGAGAUCGUGCAAGCAGGGCGAGUUCCAGUGCGGCGAUGGGAAGUGCAUUCCCCAUCGCUGGCAAUGCGAUGGUGAAGUCGACUGCCUUGACAAAAGUGACGAGGACUCAAAGUACUGUGAAGUGUCCAAGUGCAAGGGCGAUGAUAGUGAGCAUUGGCGGUGUGGCUCUGGGGAGUGCAUUCCCUUGGCAUGGCACUGCGAUGAGGACUGGGACUGUAAGGAUGGGUCAGAUGAACACAACUGCCCGAAUGACUUAGAAUGCGAGGCUGAUGAAUUCACAUGCCACAAUAAGGGCAACUUAUCGAAUUGCAUCCCCCUUAACUGGGUUUGUGAUGGAUCCGCGGACUGUGAUGAUAAAUCCGACGAGGUGUCAUGUAAUGCAACUUGCACAUCAGAACAAUUCACAUGUGCAUCAGGGAAAUGCAUUUCCAAACGGUGGCACUGUGACAGAGAUAGUGACUGCGGUGAGGGAGAUUUCUCAGAUGAAAUUGGGUGUCCUAACAAGACAUGCUCUGUCAAUGAGAUGACUUGUCCUGAUGGCAAAUGCAUAAGUCACAGCCAGAUUUGCGAUGGAAAUGAAGACUGCGUCAAUGGCACAGAUGAACAUGAUUGCCCAUCAAACACAUGCCGCGAAGAUGAGUACAUGUGUGCAGGCCGCUUCCAGUGCAUCCGUCAGGACUGGCUCUGCGAUGGUGACAUGGACUGCCCCGGCAAUGACGAUGAAAAUGAAGAGAACUGCCCUCAUCACUGCCCUGAAGAUCAUUUUAUGUGCGGUGACCAGUCAUGCAUUCAUGAGCGACUCAAAUGCAACGGUUUCAAAGAAUGCAUUGAUGGGUCGGAUGAGGAGCACUGCCAAAAACAUUGCAAUGAAGAAUACGAGUUCAACUGCGGGGACAAGUGCAUUCCAAUGGAUCUAGUGUGCAAUGGCAAUAGAGACUGUGAAAAUUCAGCUGAUGAGCCCACCGAUGGAAGCUGUGGCAGGAAUGAGUGUGAGGAGCUCAAUGGUGGUUGCACUCAGGAGUGUGUAGAUACCCGCGCUGGACAUUACUGCAAGUGCAAGCCUGGGUUCAUGCUUGUCAACAGCACCCAGUGUGAAGACAUCAAUGAGUGCCUGGAGCCCGGGCACUGUUCGCAGGUGUGCAUCAACCUCAAGGGCUCAUUCAAGUGUGAGUGCGUUGGAGGGUAUGCCAGAGACCCCCACAACCCCCAGCGGUGCAAGGCUAUGGAAGGACAUGCCUCCUUGCUCUUCGCUCAUUUCACUGACAUCAGGAAGAUCUCUCUUGACCACCAAGAAAUCACAGCCAUCGUAAAUGAGACUCGUGGUUCCACAGCCCUAGACUUUGUCUUCAAAACAGGAAUGAUUUUCUGGACAGAUGCACUUGACAAGUGCAUUUACAAAGCUCCUAUUGAUGAAGGAAGCAAAAAGCAAGUUGUAAUAUCAGAGGAAGUGACAACAGUUGAUGGUCUAGCAGUUGACUGGUUGUACAAUCACAUAUACUGGACCAACACUGAUAGGGACACAAUUGAGGUGGCAGAUUUUAAUGGUGACAUGAGAAAAACGCUCUACCAAGACCGCAUGGAAGAGCCCCGAGCCAUUGCAGUGUACCCCUCAGAAGGGUGGAUGUUCUGGACCGACUGGGGUCAGAAUGCCAUGAUUGAGAGGGGAGGCAUGGAUGGAAGAUUCAGAGAGCCAAUCAUCACCGAGGAAAUCAGGUGGCCCAAUGCCUUGACUCUUGACCUUGUGCUUCGGAAAAUCUACUGGUCAGACUCCAAGUUCCACUCCAUUUAUUCUUGUAACUUUGAUGGAUCACAACGUAGGGUUGUCCUCCACUCUUCCGAGUAUCUUCCCCACCCAUUUUCCAUCACAGUCUUUGAGGACACCAUGUACUGGACGGACUGGAGCAGAGAGGCCAUCUUGCGUGCCAACAAGUUCACUGGUCAAGAUGUUGAAACCAUCGCUCACUCGCAUGCCACACCAAUGACCGUGCAUGUGUACCACAGCUACCGCCAGCCCAAUGGCACAAACCACUGCACUCCACUCAAUGGUCUCUGCACCCACCUGUGUCUACCUGCACCCCAGAAGAGCCCCUCUGAUUCAAAAAUUACCUGCGCCUGUCCAGAUGGCCUUGUGCUCAUGUCUGAUGGCCUGACUUGCGAGAGCAAGGACGAGAUCCGCAGCACCCUGGCCCCGGCGAUCGUGGACUUCACCCCGAAGAAGGACCUCCCGGCGGAGACCGAGAGCGGCAACGUCGCCGUCGCCGCCAUCCUUGCUGCCAUCGGCGUCCUCUGCGUGGCCUCGGCGAUGGCCUACAUGAUCUACCGUUACUUCCGGAAACGUUCAGUACACAGUAUGAACUUCGACAACCCUGUAUACAAGAAGACCACAACCGAGGAUGGCUUCCACCUCGCAGGGCAGCAGCGCACCAAUUGCCCGAGGAAUUCUGGCCAGCCACGGUAUCAGCACCAACAGUAUGGGGUUGCAUCUCCUGAGGAUGGACUAUGUGAGCCAAUGGUUAACACACUCAAAUUCUAAUGACGUCGCUGGAGCCCCUAACGCACAGCAACAACAACUUCGUAUGAGGGAAACCGAACUCUUAAUCCUUAGUAGUUAGACGAUUGUUCCGGAACGGCAUCUUGUUCAAGGAUCUGAAUGGAAGGGGAGGAGGAAGGACUCGCUUAUUCUCAUCCUUUUUGACCGCGAUACCUCAAGAUGCUUCACGGACAAGAGACAGAUAGCGGGAAAAAAAGAUAUCAGAAAAAAGAGAGAAGAAAAAUGACGAUGCUUAUAAAACAGAACUCCUGUAUAAAUAUAUGAAUAUAUUUUAAUCAUUUAGUGAUGGGAUUAACAGUUUUGCUUGGAGGCUCUUCUGGUAGACUCCAAUAGCGGAGUCUGAUAAUGGAUAUUGCAUACUGAAGGAGAGUCCAAAGUCUCUCUACUGCGGAGAGAAGAAAAAAAACCUCUCGUAUAAUUUUUUCUUAAUUUUGUUUUUUUUUUUCGUUCUUGCGGCUUGGUGAAUUUGUAAAAACUGUAAAAACAUAUAUAUUUAAGAAGCAUUUGAAAGAUUGAUAAUAAUGAUAACAGCAGAAUUGAUGCCAUGCUGGAGGCAAGAUGAAACCUUGCCCUCAAAGAAGUGUGAAAGUAGUGAGAGGUAAUUGAACAAAGAAGCGAUAUUCCAUCACCAACUUUGCAUUUGUGAUGCAGUGAAAGCUGUCUUAACAUUACAGCUUUCACAUGUGUUACUAGAUUACACACUGGAAUGUGCAGAAUUUGAAAAAAGGAAGGGCCACCUGGCACUCAUUUUGGUAUAGAGAAUUUUCAGAUUAUUCUAAGCAGAUGUUGUAUCUCUAUCAUGAAUUUUUUCUAUGUCAUGGUUGCACAACACCCAGCAUUGGUGCAGGCAGACUGUCAGGCUGAAGCACGCUGCCCUAGUCUCAAGCGGCCACGAUAGCUCGUUGCCCCAAGUUCCUUAGUCAUGGGGAUGGGCUUUGGUGUGGGUACAGGAACAAGAGGGGAGGCGUGCAAGUUCAGAUUUAGUAUGACUGUGUCCUUUUCCAUGCUCACAAGUUAUGUGCAGAAUUUUCUCAAGUUGCCAUUUUUACAACUUCAAUGUUCUGUACAUGAAAUACCCUUAGUCUUUUUGUAUAUAUAUAGAGAGAAAGAAAGGAAAAAAAACAUAAAUCAAGCUUCCAGUUCUUUACUGCAGGAAACCAAUUAUGACACAACCAGCAAUUUUUACCCUUAUCCAGAAUUUCAGUGAGAUUUAUAGGUAAUGAAGUCGACAUUCACAGUGUUACCUCGGGACAUCACUCUGAUUGGAUAUGACUGACAUCAGUUCAUUUGUCUUUCUUUUUUUAGGAGAGUUAAAGCAAAUGUCAUAACAAUUUCAAGUUUCGGUUUAUUAUAAUCUAGUGUCAUGUUAGUGGAACAGUGAGUUUUUACACAGACUAACACUCUGUUGGUGAGGAAAGCCAGAGUUCCUGCUGUGCUUGUAAGUACAAAGGCAUUAUGAUUUUCACGUCAGUAAGUUUAACGAACAUUUACAUAAUUUGGUCUGUUUUUGGAAAUGUUCAUGUGAGAAUUAUCGAGUGUACUAUUAUUAGUCUCUUGUUCGUAGAUGAAAAAGGAAAACAAAAAGAACACUAGUUAAGGCUGAUUAUUAAACAGUAAAAUUAUGCUCACGGAUGAAGUCCAGAUUCUUUGCAUGUAGUAUUAUUGUCUAGAAAUUCUUUGCAAGGCUAUAAUUUAACUGCUAGAAAUAGCAAGAGACUCAUUUGGCUCUGUAACAUGGAACAUAACAGUGAGAAGUAAGCAAAGCAAAAUUCAGAUUCACAAUUAUUAAGAAAAGGAAAAAAAUGUAUAUAAGAAUAAAGUUUUGUUGUUGUUUUUUCCUGUCUCCAUUAAUCAUAAUUUCAUUGGGAGAUGAUCAGCCUUUUUAAGUUCUUUCUUUUUAAAAAAAAAGGUUGGUGUAAAAGAAAUUAUCUUGGCUUAGCUCAGCUAGCAACUACAACCAGUCAUACUUUAUUGAGGUAAAGUGUGUAUGUGUAAGAUAUAUAUAUAUAUUUUGAAGAGCCAUUCUUUAGGAGGAUAUCAAGGUGAUAUCCAUUUGCAUCAACUGUUUUGACAUAAAAGUGAGCAAUCGGAGUACAUGUUAGAAGAAAAAAGUUAGUUCCAUUUUUCUUUUUCCAUCAACCUGUUACUUGUUCUUAGACUUAGGACCCUAGGCAGUAUCAUUCUCAGUGCCAACAUAUUUGCUACAAUAUUUUGUGUGAAUGAGAGGGAGAUACCAUAUACUCUACCAGUGAGUGUGGAAAUGGGGGACCCCCCUACCCCUAUGCUAAAAGGUGCACAGUAUGAUCAUUUCUUUCUUUUUUUCCAAAUGUGAUGGAUAUAUUUUUUCUAAUUUAUUUAUUUAGGGUGCGCAAGGUAAUAAACCUUAUUGAAAUUCCAAGUAAGGUUCAAAAUGGCUGAUUCACGAACAUGGGCAAGAAAUCACCCACUCUAGUCUGGUUUAUGGUUAAGCAUUGAUUUGGCUAGUUGGUAGACCUUAGGUAAUAGGGUAAAAAAAAGCUAAAAAAAGAGAAAAAAAAAAGAAUAGUAUGUUUCAUUUUGUCGAUGUGCUUUUCUACCAGUACUGUCUUUUAUGUGUAAUAUGUAGAGCAAGAAAGAUAAGAGUGAGAGAGAAGGAACAAUGUGUAUUACAGAAUGACUGACUCUUCCCAGAAACAUUACUCUGUGGUUAUGUGUGGUUUUAUACGCCCCCUGAAAGUUUUGAAUUACUACGUUCUUUGUUCGUAAAUAGUUCAAAUUGUAACUAGCUCCUUUAUGAAUACUUAAUUAGCCAUGAAUAUAUUCCAUAACACAUCUUAACUGUAUAUUAUCAUUUAAAUGUCAAAAAAUAAUGACAGCUGAUACACUAAAGAAAGAAGGAUGUGGAAGACCAUCAUGGACAUGACUGAAAAUAAGAUGGGGAGUAGAAAAAUCAUGCUAUUUGUCCAUUACAUACUUGUAAUGAAAGGAAAGGCAGAAGGACUUUGUAAGUAUGAAGCCACAGGAUACAUUAUAUAAGUGUGUGUCUUUGGUCUGCAGUAUUUUAUCUUGUAACUAAAUUGUAAACCAGUGUAUAAUAAGUUCUGACGAUAUGUAAACUUGCUGUUCAAAGAGAGGGGAAAAUUUUAAGGAACGAUUGGACAAAAUUUCAACUUGUUUGUAAUUAAAUGAAAUAAACCAAAGAAUGUUACUUUUGAAGUAAUUUUUUUCUUCUUCUUUCAUUAUUAUUACUGUAAUCAUUACAAUUAUUAUUUAAAAUAGAUUAUUUUUGAAAAUGUGAACUGGAUUCCCACCGGGAGAAACUGUGACCCAUCUUUGUGUGUAUAUAUAUAUAUUUUUCUUUUUCCUUUUUUUCAUGAGUUAAAUGCUCUGAUAUUGACAUGUUAAUAUUUUGUUUGAAAAUUAAAUAAAUAUUUGUAUACAUGAAUUUAAUCUUUCUUCAAAACACAAAUCCUUAUCACUACUCAUACAUUCUUUUUAUUAUCUUUUGCCAUGCAGCUUACUAUAUAAUUACUUGUGUUAUUGACUCCCUAUGUCUCUCUCUUUUUCAUAUAUUACUGAAAAAAAAAGAUUUCUGUAUAUUUUGUUGCAAUGCUUUUGAUUGGAUAAUCUCAAAUGUGUUUGAUGAAAGGCAAAGUCUCCUCGUAAUGUGGAUUUUUUUAUAAUAGAUAUUUUCUUCCUGUUCAAUGAACUAUUCUAAUAUGUAUUUUUGAAUUGGACAUGUGCUUACAUAAAUAGACUUAUUGAUGGUAAUGUGACCUUUUAAUGGUAUAUUAGGUUAAAACUGUGAUAUACAGUGUAGACACUUCUUUCAGUCUGUUUUGUUUUUGUCUUGAUUUCCCCUUUUAAAACUCUCUUUAUAUACAUAUAAAUAAUUAGAGAGAGAAAAAAGGAAGACUUAGAUUUGUUGAUGGAAAAGCAAGACUGUUGUCAAAUAAUGUCAUGUGACUUUAAAUUUUUUGUGUCUAAUAUAUAAUAAGAAAAAAAAAAGAUAAUGUCUAAAUGUUUUCUGACUGUUUUAAUGGAAUAUGACUGUACGGUUGAUCUCGUGUGCGAGUUGUAUUUAAACAGUGUGAAAGAACUUAAUUCUCAGCCCCUGUUAAAAUAUUCCAAGGAGGCUGGUGUGUGUGUGACUGGGGUUUGGUUAUGAGGUUAUGAAGUGAAGAAAAAAAAAUCAUAUGCUGAAAAACUCCCCAUUAGAAGUUAUUAUUGCUUAUUUUUAUUGUUAUGAUAAUUUAUUGUUUAUAUUCUUUUGGUGGCACAUUAGUGAAAACCCUAAUUAUUACAUUAACAUAGAAAUUACUUCUUUUUUCAUAUUCUUAUGCUUUUUAGCUGAUAUAUUUUACUGUUUUCUUGUCCCCUUCCCCCCUCCUUAAUCCCACUAAACCCUAAGUAAUCAAAUCAGUUUGGAAAAUGAUUUACAUUAUGUGCAUUGAAGAUUAACAUGUAAUUUUUUAUUGUUAUUAUUUUGCUAUUAAUACAGUUGCUGUUGUUAUCAUGAAUAUUAUUAUUAUUAUUAAUGUUGUUAUUAUUAUUAUUAUUAUUAUUAUUAUUAUUAUGAUUAUUAUUGCUAUUACUACUAUUUUUAUCAUUUAUUAUUAUUAUUGAUUUUUACUACUAUUAUUAUCAUUAUUUACUGCACUUCUUAAAUAUUUAAAUGUAGCAUACCUUUCUCUGUUCUACUUUUCUGAGGCAUGUUUUACUACAACUCAAAUGUGACCAAGAUGCAAGCAACUAAAAGAAUGAUUUUGUUUAUUACAUGAUUAGACUAUUUGCCAUCUUUUAUCUGCAAUCCAGAAAUUGUAGUUAAUGACUUAGAUGAGGAAAUUUGGCUUCCAUUUGGGAUUUUCUCCUAAGAAGACAUAGUGCUUUUUCGUCUUUACAUUUAGCCACCUAUCCCCUCAUGACCAUUAAAAGUUUGGCUCAGGCACUGAAAUCAAAAAUUAUAUGACUGAAAUUUUGUCGGGGGAAAAAACAGUGGCCAGAAUAUACCAAGUCAUUACCCAUUUGAAAUUAUUAUUUUUUCCUGCAUAUUGUGGAUAUAAUGGAGGGGAGAUGAAAUGGCUGUUAAUUAAAAAUCAAGCAAAACCCAUUUCCAUUUUUUUUUUUUUUUUUUUUUUUUUUUAAAUUAUAUUCUAUAUUUAUCUUAUCCUAAAUUAGCCUAUACUUCACCCCUUCAAAAAAUAUAUUAUAUAUGAUUGGAACUGAUGCUUUCCCAAAUGUAUUAAAAUAUGCCUGCGGUGAUCGAAGAUACCUGUCCAAAGAUCCGUCCUCUUGACACUUCUGCCUCAUAGCUGCACAGUUGCCCUCAUCUCCACAUAUAGUCACCUUGGAAAUGCACCAAAAGAGAGAGAGAGAGAGAAAAGAAAGAAAACAAAAUAUCUAAAUAAUGAGAAUAAUUUGAUAUCAUGGACCAGUGUAUCACUAUGCUCACUUAUGGGGGUAAUUUGCAUGGGUUGUCUGUUUGUCUUUUUAACAUGGCAAGAUUUUUGUGUGUGUGUGUAUAUAUAUAUAUAUAUAUAUAUAUAUAUAUAUAUAUAUAUAUAUAUAUAUAUAUAUAUAUAUAUAUAUAUAUAUAUAUAUAAUCACUUUUUUCACUCUUACCCACCCUUAUUUUUCUAACUGCACUUUUUUUUUCUUCUUUUCUUUUCUUUUUCAUUUUUGCUCUUCCCCCAAAUAAUUGUAUUUUUCUUUAUUAAAUCCCAUUUAAUCCAUAAAAUAAAAAAAAAAGCUCUUGUGUAAAGGUGACAAUAAAACUGAAACCUGGAAGCAGUAGCAGAAGCAUGAAUUCAGGUGUGAACAAGUGACCACACGCAAGACCUGUUGCUAGUGCCAAUAAGCAGUGAAAAUUUGUUAACUGAUUCAGCCUUGUAUGUUGCUCAAAUUAAGUUAACUAAGAUAAAAUAGCUAUUAUUUACAUCCAUGUAAAUUAAGCAUGUAUAAAUACGUAUGGCAUAUGUAAUUGGUUCAUUUGAUUCCUACAUUACAAGGCUACGAUAAAAUAUUUGCUCAUUGAAUUUAGCAAACUUUCACUCUACCUGUGGACAACACUGUCUGGAAUCACAUUUUUUUCAACAAAUAAAUCUACUACUAUAUUUCAAUUACUGGAAUUUCUGAAGGCUGAGUGUGGCAAUGUAUGCAUGGGAAUGAACGAGAUUAUGGAAUGACCAAGUAAUAAUUUAGUCAAUCUACUUUAUCAGACAUAUUUCAGAUUCAGUAGGCUUAAGCACAGUGUCCACUCUAUGUGCUUGUAUUUAGGUUAUGAAUAUGGUAUUGUACAUUAGAGUAUUGUAACUAUCAGUUUCAUAAUAAAAUAUUUCAACAAA